AUGCCUCACAUCGCCGGACAAUCUCUGAGAAUAUGCAAGAUUGAUUCCACACCUCCCUUACACACUCUGCAAAUGUCUGACUCACUUAAAUGUCUUCUUUUCCGCUCAGAGUUGGUCAUGUCGGAACUUCGUCGUAGUCUCUUUGCGGUCUCUUAUUCCGUCCUCCGUUGCCGUUUCUUCCUCUGUCCUCCGUCGUCGUCUCUUCCGCACAGUUCCGGCGCCGUCUCUAGCCGCUUGAAGCAGUACCACAGAAACAACAACAACAUCAAUAAUGCAAUUGGAUGCAGCGACAAGACUCUAAACUGCCCUUACUGCAGAAGAUUCAUGAAUGCUAGACCGAGGUGUUGUGAUAUGGACAAGUGCGUCUUCUCUGGGACGUAUUCUCAGUGUUUAGGUUUUGUUAGUGAAUAUAGCGAUGUCAAAGUUAGUGCCGAGAGGAUAUGA